CAUUCCUCGGACACUCUCACUUCUUUUUCAACUCGGUUUCUUGCUCUCUUUUUAUUUUUUUCAUUCAUCUUAUUCUUCAAUAUUAGCUACAAUGUAUCAAGCAGCAGAGUCAUCUUGGGCUGGAAAUUACCACAACAACAUAGCAACAAGGCGUGGAUCGUCAUCGUCGUCAGACCCGUUGGAGAGGGUUGUGAGGCUGGCGUCAGGAAGCGCGGUGGUGAUAUUCAGCAUGAGCACAUGUUGCAUGUGUCAUGCAGUGAAGAGGCUGUUUUGUGGAAUGGGAGUGCACCCUACGGUGUACGAAUUGGACCAAGACCCCAAAGGCAAAGAAAUGGAGAGAGCACUCUCUAGGCUUUUAGGCAACGCUCCUGCAGUCCCUGUUGUCUUCAUUGGUGGAAAACUAAUUGGAGCAAUGGAUAGAGUUAUGGCUUCUCAUAUUAAUGGCACUCUUGUCCCACUUCUCAAGGAAGCCGGCGCUCUCUGGCUUUGAUUUGACCAAAAAAAUAGCAGGAUUAGGUUGAUGGAUGGAUUGUUCCUCCAUUUUUAAUUUUUGGUUUCCUUAAUUAAUGUGCUUUUAAUUUCAUGGCAACCUUGUAGUUGAUGCGCUGAUGCAUGUAUUUCAUGAUUAGCUAUCUCUUGUUGUAGAUAUAAUCAAGAAACCACCUCUAAUGUUAAUCCUUUUUAUUUGUAUUAGUACCAAUACUUUAUUGCUCCU